UCGGCGUCUGCAGCACGCAGAAAGAACAGGGACAAUGACCUUUUUCCUCCCAGUGUGGAUGGAUGGAUUGAUCUCUGGAACAUCGAAAGUGCGACUCGCUUCUUCGAAGAACGAUAGACUCCAAAGGACAGCCGGAUAAUUUACCCACCUCUACAUUGAUUGAGCACUGAAUUUCCUUUCUAUAUCAACUUUUAUAGGGCGUUUCGUUUUUGCUUUUGCCUAUCCCAAAAUAACGCGCUACAUCAUAUUUUCGGACGUUUGUUUUACAGUAGACUUUCAGAUUGUAUUCCCUGUCCGGCCAGAAUCACAUUAGAUAUUUCCGCCCCGUUAUGUGAUAUCUGACCGGACGGAUGUUCGCCUCUGUAUCGGUGUGAUCGGCGAUGUCUUCAUGGCAGAUUUUGGAGCCCAGAAGUGUCCGAAGAGUGAUAAGUUGGACGAGGCGCAGGCACUGGCCCGCAGCUGCGCCGGGAGACCGGACUUCUUGCCGUGCGAUGGGCUGUUAAUAUGCGCCACGCAUAGCCACGGAAAGUGCUUCAAGUUGCACUGGUGCUGCCACUUGGGCUGGUGCCACUGUAAAUAUGUUUACCAGCCCAUGACCAGUGUGUGCCAGCUGCCGAGCACGGCGGUACCCUCUGACCCCUCUGAGGCCCCACCCACCAUGAACCUGUCUGUCUCCCUCACCGAACGCUUCCUGAAGAUCGCCCCCUGCUUCCAGUCCCCGCCGUUCCUUCAGUCGCCCAAAUACUGUGUCAUAGCAGACCUCUUCAUCGACGACUACAUCGUCAAACGCAUCAACGGGAAGAUGUGUUAUGUUCAACGUUCUCCUCCUCCCAUCCCUGAUCCUCCUGCUGCGGCACCUCCUCCUGCUGCUGCACCUCCUCCUGCUGCGGCACCUCCUCCUGAUGCUGCACCUCCUCCUCCUGCGGCACCUCCUCCUGCUGCGGGACCUCCUCCUCCUGUGGCACCUCCUCCUGCUGCUGCACCUCCUCCUGCUGCUGCACCUCCUCCUGCUGCUGCUCCUCCUCCUGCUGCGGCACCUCCUCCUGCUGCUGCUCCUCCUCAGGUGCCUCCUCCCAGUAAGCCAACACGAUCUGUUCACAACGACCACCACCACAACACACUACAGCCCCCCGUGGACAAGCCCCACCACAAAAGCCCUGUGCACCAACACAAUCCCCCUGCACACGGUGAGAAGCAACACAAAUCGUCUCUAGACAAGCAUCACCCCUCUGUGGACUACAACAAAAUACCACAACACUACAAAAGCUCUGUGGACAAGCAUUACUACAGCACCCCAGUAGACCAGAGGGAGCACCGCCACCACAGCCCUGUAGACAAGCUGAAAGGACCCAAGAUGGACCACUGCUCCUCUCCAUCCAGCUCCGAGGACUCUGGGAUCAACGCGCUAGGUCGGCACUACCUGGAAUCCUGUGAGUCAGAGUUAGAGGAUCAGAAUGAAGUGUUGAGCGCCGAUGGAGAUGGGAAAUCUAGCCUCUGUAGUCUCUGGGACCAGGAUGAGACCUCUCUGUUGUCUCCCUCUAGGUCCAUGGUGGAGAUCAUAGAGAAGAUUGAGACCACUGUGUGACAGACAGACACUUCACUGAGCACACCAGAGAGAUACAACUAUAUUCUACUAUAUAUAUGGAGCACACAGCCUCCCUGGGAACAUUUGAAAACCAGCUCCAGAUUUCUCAAGUUGGAUUUAAGUUGGAUUUAAGUUGGAUUUAAGGGACCUACAGUCCACCUAGUGGAGUUGACUUUGUUGUGGUCAGAUAUACAGUAGGUAACCCCACAUGAUAAUGCCCCUAUGUGUUUUCUCAGAGACGGUCAAGGAUCCCAGGUUUGAAUGGUCUCUGGUUCUCCACCCCACUCUAUAUCUCUCCAGAACCCCUGCAUGGUUUGUUAGAUAGAUGGAGCUGUCUACUGUAGCAAAGAUUUGACUAGAAAUACGGAGGAAAACAUGUCCUUUAACACUCACAGCAGCUGACCAAAUAUACUACUUACUAGUCCAUCAACAGCCAAUCACAGCCUUUAUCAGCCCCUUAACUACCAACUACCAAGCCUUGCGUCAACAACUCCUGCCUGCUUCUAAAAUUAGAAUCACAGUUGAAAUUUUCAGAGAGAACUUUGAAGUUGUUUGUCAAUCAAGAAAGCACAUUCCUUCCUCUACCUGCUGUGAAGACACAACUACUCAACUCCUAUCAGCCAAUGAUACCGUGUGGAAAUACCAAAUCACAUGUUUACCAGAGCAAAGCAUGGUAACCUAAGAGGAAAGAGGACCAGUGAUUCCCACAUCUACUAUGUACUUUAUUACCUUGACCGGAAGCAGUGAAGUUACUGUCUCCUUUCCUCUUGAGGUGGUCGUUCACACCGGAGCAACUGCUCAGAAUCACAGCACAGCACAUACUGUACUGUAUUCAUUAUCAUAAUGCACUAUAUUCAUUAUCAUACUGUACUGUUCAGUACUACUCAUUACCAUACAGUACUGUUCAGUACUACUCAUUACCAUACUGUACUGUAUUCAUUACCAUAAUGCACUGUUCAGUACUACUCAUUACCAUACAGUACUGUUCAGUACUACUCAUUACCAUACUGUACUGUAUUCAUUACCAUAAUGUACUGUUCAGUACUACUCAUUACCAUACUGUACUAUAUUCAUUAUCAUACUGUACUGUAUUCAUUAUCAUACUGUACUGUUCAGUAUUACUCAUUACCAUACUGUACUGUAUUCAUUAUCAUACUGUACUGUUCAGUAUUACUCAUUACCAUACUGCACUGUAUCCAUUACCAUAAUGUACUGUUCAGUACUACUCAUUACCAUACUGUACUGUAUUCAUUACCAUAAUGCACUGUUCAGUAUUACUCAUUACCAUACUGUACUGUAUUCAUUACCAUAAUGUACUGUUCAGUACUACUCAUUACCAUACUGUACUGUAUUCAUUACCAUAAUGCACUGUUCAGUAUUACUCAUUACCAUACUGCACUGUAUCCAUUACCAUAAUGUACUGUUCAGUACUACUCAUUACCAUACAGUACUGUUCAGUACUACCCAUUACCAUACUGUACUGUAUUCAUUACCAUAAUGUACUGUUCAGUACUACUCAUUACCAUACUGCACUGUAUCCAUUACCAUAAUGUACUGUUCAGUACUACUCAUUACCAUACAGUACUGUUCAGUACUACCCAUUAUCAUACUGUACUGUAUUCAUUACCAUAAUGUACUGUUCAGUACUACUCAUUACCAUACAGUACUGUUCAGUACUACCCAUUAUCAUACUGUACUGUAUUCAUUACCAUAAUGUACUGUUCAGUACUACUCAUUACCAUACUGCACUGUAUCCAUUACCAUAAUGUACUGUUCAGUACUACUCAUUACCAUACAGUACUGUUCAGUACUACCCAUUAUCAUACUGUACUGUAUUCAUUACCAUAAUGUACUGUUCAGUACUACUCAUUACCAUACAGUACUGUUCAGUACUACCCAUUAUCAUACUGUACUGUAUUCAUUACCAUAAUGUACUGUUCAGUACUACUCAUUACCAUACAGUGCUGUUCAGUACUACCCAUUAUCAUACUGCACUGUAUCCAUUACCAUAAUGUACUGUUCAGUACUACUCAUUACCAUACAGUACUGUUCAGUACUACCCAUUAUCAUACUGCACUGUAUCCAUUACCAUACAGUACUGUUCAGUACUACCCAUUAUCAUACUGUACUGUUCAGUACUAUUCAUUACCAUACAGUACUGUUCAGUACUACCCAUUAUCAUACUGCACUGUAUCCAUUACCAUACAGUACUGUUCAGUACUACCCAUUAUCAUACUGUACUGUUCAGUACUAUCCGAUAACAUACAGUGCUCUUCAGCACUAUUCAUUACCAUACAGUACUGUUUAGUACUACUCAUUAACAUACAGUACUACCACCAUUACCAUACAUUACUGUUCAGAACUAUUCAUUACCAUACAGUACUGUCCAGUACUACUCAUUUCCAUAAAGUACUAACCAUUACCAUACA